GCUCUUUGAUCAUCUCUAAUGGAGAGAAUCCCAUCGUCCAUUCCUCAAAUGCGCCCCCCAACUUAUGGGAAUCUGAUUACCAUACUUAGUGUUGAUGGGGGUGGUGUUAGAGGUAUCAUACCAGCCACCAUCCUAUCCUUCCUCGAAUCUCAACUUCAGGUGCUGGAUGGCGAGGAUGCAAGACUUGCAGACUACUUUGAUGUGGUUGCAGGGACGAGUACUGGUGGUCUUAUAACAGCCAUGUUAACAGCUCCAAAUGAAGACGGUCGUCCUCUCUUUACCGCCAAGGAUAUAAAGGCCUUCUAUCUUGAGCACUGCCCAAAAAUUUUCCCACAAAAGAGGAGAAUGUGCGGGGCGAUUAGAAAACUGAUGAAAUCAUUAGCGGGACCUAAGUAUGACGGGAAGUAUCUUCAGUGGUUGAUAAGGGAGAAACUAGGACAGAGUCGGUUGCAUGAUGCAUUGGCCCAUAUUGUCAUUCCAAGUUUUGAUAUCAAAUAUUUGCAGCCAGUUGUUUUCUCAUCUUAUGAGGUGAAAAGGUCUCCUUGCUUGGAUGUUCACCUCUCUGACAUAUGCAUCAGCACAUCGGCAGCUCCAACUUACCUGCCGGCUCAUUACUUCAAGAACCAGGAUCAUGAAGGGAACGUUCGAGAAUUCCACCUUAUUGAUGGUGGCGUUGCUGCAAAUAAUCCAACAUUAGUAGCAGUAACCCAAGUAACUAAGCAAAUCUUCGAUGAAAAUCCUGACUUCUUCCCAAUCAAGCCAAUGGACUAUGGCCGCUUUCUGGUGAUCUCAAUAGGCACUGGCUCAAAUAAGAUAGAGCACAAAUACAAUGCUAAAAUGGCAGCCAGAUGGGGCAUUUUGGGUUGGCUACUUCAUGGUGGCUCAGUUCCACUAGUAGAUGCGUUCAGUCAAGGAAGUGCAGACAUGGUUGACUUCCACAUUUCCGUGCUUUUCCAGGCCCUUCAUUCCGAGGAAAAGUACCUCAGAAUUCAGGAUGAUACAUUAGAGGGAAAGGAUUUUUCAGUGGACGUUGCUACACAGGCAAACUUGGACAAAGUUCAACAGAUUGGAGAGAUGCUAUUGCAUAAACCGGUUUCCAGGGUGAAUCUGGGGAAUGGUUUAUCUGAACCUAUUGAAAAUGGUGGCACUAAUGCGGAAGCUCUAAAAAAGUAG